UUUGAGAAAAAUCUUUUAAAAAAAACCUUCAAAGUUAAAGAUUGAAGAAAUUACUGUGUCACUGACUGAAGUCUUCCGCUUUACUUAAUAUGCAUGCUUGGAUCAAGCUUAAAGCUAGCUAACCUCUUGUUGAACACUGUCAAGCUAUCAUUUUCAUUUUUCUCUUAAUUUUAAAGAAUAUCAUGUGUUCUCCGGUACGUCCUUCUCGUGCUCGAGCAUUGAUGUCGUCAUACACUCCGCCACCACCAAAGGUAGUUGAUGGGUGGCAACCUGAAACUGAAGAUCAAUCUCAGGGCUUCAGUUCUUCCUCAGGCGCUGCAUCGUUUGGAAUAAUUAUGGGUGGUUUAAUAGUUUUGGUGAUUGUUCUUCUUGUAAUUGUUUGGCUCAUUUUUUAUACAAAACAAAGACUCAGGGACAAAGAGAGAAACCCUAAAGUUGGACCUUCUGCUGGAAAUACAGAGAAUCCACCACCCACUAGCCGUGUAAUGCCGAAAACAUUUAAUUAUGAUAAACUAAGGGCGGCUACAAAAAAUUUCUCCGAAGACAGAUUUCUUGGUGAAGUUGGUUUUGGCAAAAUCUAUAAAGGAUACCUUGAAGAUGGGAAAAUUGUUGCUAUAAAACAGCAAAUAGCUGAACGGGAACAGGGGGUUCGACAAUUUUUGAAAGAGAUAUUAAUCAUUAGCGGUAUCCACCACAAACAUCUCGCACAUGUUUUUGGAUACUGCAUUUCGGAGACUCAGAAACUGCUUGUAUAUGACUUCGUUCCGAACAAAAGCCUGCACUUCCAUUCACAUGGUAUGUCCUUUCUGUGAUU